AAGGGAGCAGCAGACCACAAAGGGGAGACGAACCACAUGGAGGUCGACCACCACGGCCACAACCACGGCCAUGAAGGGGACAACCACGGCCAUGAAGGGGACAACCACGAAGAAAACGUUCAAAUAAUUGAUGCCGUGUCUUGACCCGGACCUGUCUCCUACCAGGAGGAAGUGUAUACCCAUUGAAGGGACAGGACUCUACAGAUGUCACCUCCUUCAUCGUAUACCAUGUUCUUGGAGGAUCACCGAUCAAGGAGAAGUGUCGCCUUCUUCCUUCUCGAAGCAACAUCCUCGACGACCUGUUCUCCCGCCUCAGCGCCAUCAACAACACCCUCACAAACACAGAGCUGAGUGCACUGCUGGCCCAGCUGAAGCUCACCGGUACCAAGCAGGAAGAUGACCACACUGGACACGACCACAGAAGGAGGAGGAGUGUCGACAUCGUUCCACGUGUGAAGCGACAGACGCACGACGGUCACAACCACGGCGCCGUCACGGUCCCUAAAGAGUGCUACUCUGUCGGUGAGAUCAAGGCCAUCCAUGGUCUGGGUCAUGAUGAUGGCAUCACUAAGACCAAGUUUGUGGAGAUGUCUCCUACCCUGGUAUACAUGCAGGUGGCAGGGUCGUGUGUCCCCACCACCAACACCACAACGUCACUCACUCCAACCAUGGCAGAACGGUACGGAUACGGAUCCCUGGCAACGCUGAUCAUCUGUCUGUGCGCUGUACUGGGCGCUAUCGUUUUCCCCUUCCCCAAGGGCCUCUGCUACUCGGCGUUCAUGGCCGUCUUCCUGGGGCUUGCUGUCGGCACACUUUUCACAGACGCUAUCUUGCAUCUUAUACCUCAGGCACUCGGUCUUCACAACCAUGGAGAAGGCGAAGACGCGCAUGCGCACGCCGAGACAUCCGGUCCAGUGAUAGAGGAAUACACGUGGUAUGCAGUAGUUAUAGCUGCAGGUACAUACGGGUUCUACUUGAUUGAGGCUGUGAUGACGAUCCUCAGCUCGGGGCGUGGUCACUCUCACGGGAACUCGUCUGUUGAGCUCGGGGGGUUGGACGGUUCCGGAUACGUCACAAAACAGUCUGGUGGCUUGGUCAUGGAAGAGAAGGAGAAAAAGUCGGAAUUCUCGACACUUGCCUUUAUGGUGAUAGUGGGGGACGCAAUUCACAACUUCGCCGACGGUCUGGCUGUAGGUGCCGCCUUCAGCCUGAGCGUCACUAGCGGCAUCACCACGAGCAUCGCCGUGUUCUGCCACGAACUGCCGCACGAGCUGGGCGACUUCGCGGUGCUGAUGACGAGCGGGAUGUCGUUCACGAGGGCGCUGUGUUGGAACUUCGUGUCUGCCCUGACGGCGUUUAUAGGACUCUACAUUGGACUCUCAAUCUCCACAGACCCGUUGGUCCGACGGUGGAUAUUUGCCGUCACUGCGGGGAUGUUCAUCUACAUCGCCCUAGUCGACCUGUUGCCGUCUCUUAUCAACACCGUCACCACACACCGGAAGUUGUUGUUUGUCAUGCACAACAUUGGGAUACUGACUGGUUUCCUCGUCAUGCUGCUCAUCGCCAUGUAUGAAGAGAAGAUCACUGUCUGAGAGAUUGGAUCUGGAGUGUUGAUGUUGUGUCAUGUUGUGCUGCCCUCGCACUAUACUAGUAUUCACCGACUUGAGACUGCAGCGAGGGGAGACAACUCCCGGUGAACAACGUCACUGUGUUUUAGAGAACCAUUGCCAUCAGCAAUUCUAAAGGUCUACUGGCUGUCCUAGAAAAUGGUUUAACCUGUCAUAUUAAACAGAAAUGGCGCUUUCUGAUUGCUGGAAAAGGACAUUAUAUACUGGAACAAAAAAGAUACGAAUCAGGAAAGUUUUUGUUUGGUCUCUCUUAUGAAAUUCUGCGUUCAGUCUUCUCCACAUAAAUAUAUCCAAACAACGAUGUCACGAUUCACGACAUUUUUUGUUUAGUUUUAGACCUAGUUUUGGGAUCACCAUGAUAGCAUGGCUAACACCGGAACAUACACAACUCACCUGCUACUGUUUGAUUUCCUAACGUUAGUUACUGUUCCACGGUUGUAUGUACAUAUAUAUUAUUGCUGCAAUAUAGCUGGACCUUUCUGCCACAUAUAUCUCUUGUACAUGAUGUACUGACAAAUGUCUUCCUGUUGUCCCGAAUGCAUAAUACAUUACGUCAUGCAUACACCAAAGUGCUAGGAUUCUACGUUGUCCAUCGUUAUCCAGUCUUUGAUCCGACCAAACCACAAACACCGGUGUGUUUAGAGUAGCGGACUAUCGUAAAGAAGUCUCCAUACACUUCCUAUUUACAUAACCGCAUCGUGUGAUAAUGACUGCUGGACACCACCUUGAGGUGUUUUAAUGUGUAUAUAUGAUAUAUAACCAUAACUAAUUAAUGAUGCAAAUUGCUGUUUUAUGUGUUUACUCUUUGUGUAUAUUUUGAACUAUUUUUUCUCAAUAAACAAGUUUUUAGUCAAAAAGA